GAGAUAAAAUUCCCCGAAUCAAAUAUAAUCUCCCUUUUGUAUUUAGCUCCCUAGUCCCCCUUAAUACCCGUACUGCUAGAUGGAGGGUAUCUUCUUUCCCAAAUUUUUUUAAUCUGUAGUAGUCUUACAGUAGACAGAUACGACAGAUGCGCAUUAACUAUUAAAUAGUAGAUUAGUUGUCAUGAUUCGAAAAAAAUGAUUAUAAUAUAAUUUUCCCCAACGACCUGUGUGACUGACCGACUACUAGCAUUAUAAUUAAUGGACCCUGAGUGAUCACUAGCUUGUUCAGAGAAAAUUACCAAUGGAUUAUGUAGGCAUUGUAGUUGGAUUACUGUUUGCCUGGACUUUGGUUCAGUGCAUUCGCUGGCUAGCAAUAAGCAAAAGAUGUAACAAGAAACUUCCACCAGGACCAAAUCCCUUGCCCUUGAUUGGAAAUCUUCACAACCUUCUUGGUGAUCAGCCUCAUAACUCUCUUGCAAAGCUUGCCGAAAAGUAUGGCCCAAUUAUCAGCCUUAGGUUGGGUCAAAUAACUACAGUGGUCAUAUCUUCAUCACACGUUGCUAAAGAGGUCUUACAAAAGCAAGAUAUGGCCUUUUCUAGCAGAUCAGUUCCAGAUGCAUUCCAUGCCCAAAAUCUCUCCAAAUUCUCUGUGCAAUGGCUACCCGUCGCUAAUCGGUGGAGAAGCCUGAGGAAAAUCUUGAAUUCGUGUAUCUUCUCCGUCAGCAGGCUUGAUGCCAACCAACAUCUCAGGUCUGCAAAGAUCCAAGAUCUUAUUGCUUAUUGUCAUCGGUGUAGCCAAACUGGUGAGGCAGUGAAUAUACGCCAAGCUGCUUUCGACACCUCUAUGAAUUUACUCUCGAAUACCUUUUUUUCCAAGGAUGUCGUGGACCCUUAUACAGAUUCAGGUAAACAAUUCAAGGAUAUGGUGUCGAACAUCAUGGAAGAAGCCAGUAAGCCCAAUUUGGCUGAUUAUUUCCCCAUCUUAAAAUCAAUUGAUCCUCAAGGAAUAAGGCGACGAACAGGCAAGCAUGUGGGUGAGUUGCUUCAGCAUAUUCAGGGAUUAAUUGAUGAACGAUUGGACCAAAGGACGAUAUCAGAAACUACAGGUAGCACUGAUGUUCUUGACGUUCUGUUAAAUAUCAGCAAAGAAGAUCCUCAGGAAAUUGACAGAAAUCACAUCGAACGCUUAUUUCUGGAGCUUUUUAUGGCGGGAACUGAGUCAACUUCAAAUACAUUCGAAUGGGCAAUGGUAGAGGUCAUGAGACAACCAUACAUAGUGGGAAAAGCUAAAGAUGAACUUGCUGAAGUUAUAGGCAGGGGCAAGGCAAUAGAAGAAGCGGACGUAGCCCGUCUCCCUUAUUUGCAGUGCAUAGUGAAAGAAACAUUGCGGAUGCACCCACCAGAUCCCAUUAUGUUUCACAAAGUCGAUCAAGACGUAGAGCUGUGUGGCUAUGUUGUUCCAAAAGACUCUCAAGUGUUGGUGCACGUACGGUCAAUUGCCCGUGAUCCAGCUAUAUGGGAGGAUCCUCUGACAUUUAAGCCUGAGAGAUUUUGGGGUUCAAAAUUGGACGUUCGUGGCCAAGAUUUUGAAGUCAUUCCAUUUGGAGCUGGUAGACGAAUUUGUCCAGGAUUACCUUUGGCAGCCAGGACACUUACUGUGAUGUUGGGUUCGUUGUUGAAUUCAUUUGAUUGGAAACCUGAAGGCGAUAUUAAACCAGAAGAUUUGGAUGUGGAAGAGAAGUUUGGGAUUACAUUAGCGAGAUCGAGUCCUCUGCUAGCUGUUCCCCUUCCGUUUUAAACCUCGCUCCAAAUUGAGCAUGUAAUAAUGUUAUUAUUGACAAGUCAAUAUGACAGAUUUUAUCGGGGGCGAAAUAAAGUGCUUGCCACCCAUUGUCGCAUGGAGCAGACGGUGCUGGUGGUAGAUGUUCAAGUUUGUACUCGUAAAGGCGCGACUUCGAUUCUUAGGUGGCUCACCUUUGAUUCUUCGUGUGUAAUCAAAUAUUUUAAGAGUAAAAGUUUUGAACUUAA